UGCCAGCAGAGUCUUAGGAAACAAGCCAGAGGCUGGACUCACACAGUUUAAAUGUGAGUUUUGACUUUGUCAUUUGAUAAAUACAGACUGAGUUCUGAGUACCACAUGCUAGAUACUGUACUGGGCAGAGAACACAGCUUCUCUUGACCUUUCUAGUUGGGAGUUCCACUGAGCCAAAGAUAGGCCCCUAGAACAAAUAAGUACUCUUCUUUUCUUGGGGACAAGUCACCCAUCACUACCUCAUUCCUUUAGACCCAUCUGGAUCUGUGACGUGUAUUCAUGGCUAGGUGAGUCAUGCAGCCUGACUGAACCCCAAGUUUCUCUAACCCCAUCACCUUGUCCAAUAGGCUAUCAGUUCAUAGAGAAGCCAUGGGCUGAAUCAAGGCUCACCCACAUUCAUUACCAAAUACUUACUGAAUGGAUAUCAGGAACCAACCUACCAAUGGAGAACACACCAAGGAACAAUCAGAAAAGCCACCUACAAAACAAAAAGGGAAUUUCUGCCACUUAGAAUCGGGAAAGUGUUUCAGGCAGAGGAACCAGCAUGUACAGUACUGUAAUGAAGCCAGAAAGUAGGAUAUGACAUCAAGAAAGUCAUAAAGGCCUGUGUGAAGGGACCAUCAGCCACUGGGAACACUGAAGAGUUAGGCCAGAGGGGAGGGGGACUGGAGAGGUGACUCAGCAGUUAGGAGCACAUGGUGAUAAUACAGAAAACCUGGAUUUGGUUUCUAGCACCCACAAGGUGGCUCACAACCAUCUGUAACUCCAGUUCUAGGGGACCCAACACCCUCUUCUAACCUGCAUAGGUACCAGCCAUGCUCACAGUGCACAGACAUACAUGCAGGCAAAACACCCAUAUGCGUAAAAUAAAAUGAAAUUUUAACACAUAUUUAUUUUUUAUUGGAUGUGUAUGAGUGUACUACAUGAAUGUCCAGUAUUUGAAGAAGCCAGAAGAAGAUUUCUGAAUCCUUGGAACUGGAGUUACAGAUGGUGAUGAGCCUCCAUGUAGGUCCUUGGAAUUGAAUACCCCAUCCCCACUCCCACCUCAUCCUCUGGAAGAGCAGUCUGGGCUAUCUCUCCAGAUCAAAACUAAGCAGCCCUGCAUUUUAAAGGAUCUCAUCUGGCGGUUGGGUACUGGAAGAAGCGAGGGGGAGAGCGCAACGUUGCAGAGAGACGGCAAGAGAAAGGGAGACUGCGAGACGCGCCACGCCGGCGCCCCAAGACCCAGGAGGAGCCCGCAGAUAACCAGCCCGAGCCAUGCAGUCUUUUCGAGAAAGGUGUGGUUUCCAUGGCAAACAGCAAAACUACCCACAAACCUCACAGGAAACAUCGCGCCUGGAGAACUACAGGCAGCCGGGUCAGGCUGGGCUAAGCUGUGAUCGGCAGCGACUGCUGGCCAAGGACUAUUAUAGCCCUCAGCCCUACACAGGCUAUGAAGGUGGCACUGGUACACCUUCUGGCACAGUGGCCACGGCAGCUGCAGACAAGUACCACCGAGGCAGCAAAUCCCUGCAGGGGAGGCCAGCUUUCCCCAGCUAUGUUCAAGACAGCAGCCCCUACCCAGGGCGCUACUCUGGCGAGGAGGGUCUUCAGGCCUGGGGGGGCCCACAGCCACCUCCUCCUCAGCCACAGCCUCUGCCAGGGCCAGUGAGCAAGUAUGAGGAGAACUUGAUGAAGAAGACAGUGGUGCCUCCAAACAGGCAGUACCCUGAGCAGGGCCCCCAGCUUCCCUUCCGGACUCACAGCCUGCAUGUCCCACCACCACAGCCUCAGCAGCCCCUAGCUUACCCUAAACUCCAAAGGCAGAAACCACAGAAUGACCUUGCCUCCCCUCUGCCCUUCCCCCAGGGCAGCCACUUUCCCCAGCAUUCCCAGUCCUUCCCUACCUCCUCUACUUAUGCCCCAGCAGUGCAGGGUGGUGGGCAGGGGCCCCACUCAUACAAGAGCUGCACAGCACCGUCUGCCCAGCCUCAUGACAGGCCGAUGAGUGCCAAUGCAAGCCUGGCUCCAGGGCAACGGGUCCAGAAUCUUCACACGUACCAGCCGGGCCGCCUUGGCUACGAGCAGCAGCAGCAAGCCCUUCAAGGCCGGCACCACACCCAGGAAACACUCCACUACCAGAACCUUGCGAAGUACCAACACUAUGGACAACAAGGCCAGGGCUACUGUCCACCGGACACAGCUGUCAGGACUCCAGAACAGUAUUACCAGACCUUCAGCCCGAGCUCCAGCCACUCCCCUGCACGGUCUGUGGGUCGCUCCCCUUCCUAUAGCUCCACCCCAUCGCCACUGAUGCCCAAUCUGGAGAACUUCCCCUAUAGCCAGCAGCCGCUUAGUACUGGGGCCUUCCCCACAGGCAUCACGGACCACAGCCACUUUAUGCCCCUGCUCAACCCAUCCCCAACAGAUGCUGCCGGCUCUGUAGAGCCCCAGGUCAGCAACUGCAAGCCCCUGCCAAAAGAGAAGCUCCCUGACAGCCUGCUGUCAGAUCUCAGCCUGCAGAGUCUCACAGCGCUCACCUCACAGGUAGAGAACAUCUCCAACACUGUGCAGCAGCUCUUGCUUUCCAAAGCUGCCAUGCCACAGAAGAAAGGGGUCAAGAACCUUGUGUCUAGGACUCCAGAGCAGCACAAAAGCCAGCACUGUAGCCCCGAGGGCAGUGGCUACUCAGCUGAGCCAGCAGGCACACCACUGUCUGAGCCGCCAAGCAGCACACCACAGUCCACUCAUGCUGAGCCACAAGACGCUGACUACCUGAGUGGCUCUGAGGACCCGCUAGAGCGCAGCUUCCUCUACUGCAGCCAGGCCCGGGGCAGUCCUGCCAGGGUCAACAGCAACUCCAAGGCCAAGCCUGAGUCUGUGUCCACCUGUUCUGUCACCUCACCAGAUGACAUGUCCACCAAGUCUGAUGACUCUUUCCAGAGCCUGCACAGUACUCUGCCACUAGACAGUUUCUCCAAAUUUGUGGCAGGCGAACGGGACUGCCCGCGGCUGCUGCUCAGUGCCCUGGCACAGGAAGAUCUGGCCUCUGAGAUCCUGGGACUGCAGGAAGCCAUUGUUGAGAAGGCUGACAAGGCCUGGGCUGAGGCUUCCAGCCUGCCCAAGGACAGUGGCAAGCCACCCUUCUCACUGGAGAACCAUAGCACCUGCCUGGACACUGUGGCCAAGACUUCAUGGUCACAGCCGGGGGAGCCAGAGACCCUACCUGAGCCCUUGCAGCUGGACAAGGGCGGCAGCACCAAGGACUUCAGUCCGGGGCUGUUUGAAGACCCUUCUGUGGCCUUUGCUACCACUGACCCGAAGAAAACAACCAGCCCCCUGUCAUUCGGCACCAAGCCUUUGCUUGGGACUGCCACUCCUGACCCCACUGCUGCAGCGUUUGACUGCUUCCCAGAUACAACCACUGCCAGCUCAGUGGAUGGUGCCAACCCCUUUGCUUGGCCAGAGGAGAACCUGGGCGAUGCUUGUCCUCGUUGGGGCCUCCACCCUGGUGAGCUUACCAAGGGCUUGGAGCAGGGUGCAAAAGCCUCAGACAGUGUGGGCAAGGCAGAUGCACAUGAGACCUCUGCCUGCAUGGGUUUCCAGGAAGAGCAUGCCAUUGGGAAGCCAGCAGCUGCACUGUCUGGGGACUUCAAGCAGCAGGAGGCAGAUGGGGUGAAAGAGGAAGUGGGUGGAUUGCUGCAGUGCCCUGAGGUGGGCAAGGCUGACCAGUGGCUGGAGGAUAGCCGCCAUUGCUGUUCCUCCACUGACUUUGGGGACCUGCCACUGUUGCCUCCCCCUGGCAGGAAGGAGGACCUGGAAGCUGAAGAGGAGUACUCUUCUCUGUGUGAACUGCUGGGGAGCCCUGAGCAGAGGCCCAGUCUGCAGGACCCAUUGUCCCCCAAGGCACCCCUGAUCUGCACCAAGGAGGAAGCAGAGGAGGUGCUGGAUACCAAGGCUGGCUGGGUCUCUCCAUGUCACCUCUCUGGGGAGCCUGCUGUUCUACUGGGCCCCUCGGUGGGUGCUGAAUCAAAGGUCCAGAGCUGGUUUGAGUCUUCUCUGUCACAUAUGAAGCCAGGGGAAGAAGGGCCAGAGAUGGAGAGAGCUCCAGGUAGUUCCAGCACUUCACAAGGCUCCUUGGCCCCAAAGCCUAACAAGCCUGCCGUUCCCGAGGGGCCCAUUGCUAAGAAAGAGCCUGUGCCACGGGGUAAAAGUUUACGGAGCCGGCGAGUACACCGGGGGCUGCCUGAGGCUGAAGACUCCCCAUGCAGGGUGCCAGCACUCCCCAAAGACCUCUUGCUCCCAGAGUCCUGCACAGGUCCCCCACAGGGACAGGCAGAGGGGGCUGGAGCCCCAGGCCGGGGGCUGUCAGAAGGGAUCCCCAGAAUGUGUACCCGCUCUCUUACAGCUCUGAGUGAGCCCCAAACUCCUGGCCCUCCAGGGCUGACCACCACCCCCACACCUCCUGACAAACUCGGAGGUAAACAGCGAGCUGCCUUCAAGUCUGGCAAGCGGGUGGGAAAACCGUCACCCAAGGCUGCCUCCAGCCCCAGCAACCCUGCUGCCCUGCCUGUUGCCUCAGACAGCAGCCCUAUGGGCUCCAAAACCAAGGAGCCAGACUCUCCUGGCAUGCCUGGGAAAGACCAGCGUUCCAUGGUCCUCCGGUCUCGCACCAAGCCCCAGCAGGUCUUCCAUGCCAAACGACGGCGGCCCUCAGGGAGCCGGAUCCCAGACUGUCGUGCCACCAAGAAGCUCCCUGCUAACAACCACUUACCCACUGCAUUCAAGGUCUCCAGUGGGCCCCAGAAGGAAGGUCGCAUGAGCCAGCGGGUCAAAAUACCCAAGCCUGGUACAGGGAGCAAGCUUUCCGAUAGGCCUCUCCACACACUCAAGAGGAAGUCAGCCUUCAUGGCACCUGUCCCCACCAAAAAGCGGAGCCUCAUCCUGCGAAGCAACAAUGGAAGUGGGGUGGAUGGGAGGGAGGAGAGGGCAGAGAGCUCCCCAGGCCUCUUACGGAGGAUGGCCUCACCCCAGAGGGCUAGACCCAGGGGCAGUGGGGAGCCACCCCCACCCCCACCCCUGGAGCCACCUGCUGCAUGCAUGGGGUUGGCUACACAAUCAUCCCUGCCCAGUGCUGUGAGGACCAAGGUGCUGCCACCCCGAAAGGGCCGUGGCCUCAAGCUGGAGGCCAUAGUACAGAAGAUCACCUCACCUGGUCUCAAGAAACUUGCCUGCAGAGUGGCAGGGGCCCCUCCUGGGACACCCCGGAGCCCAGCCCUACCUGAGAAACGUUCAGGGGGCAGUCCAGCUGGGGCAGAAGAGGGUUUAGGAGGAAUGGGUGCAGGGCAGAUGCUACCAGCUGCUUCAGGAGCUGAUCUGUUGUGCAGAAACCCAGCCAGCAGGUCCCUCAAAGGUAAACUCUUGAAUAGUAAGAAGCUGUCCUCUGCUGCUGACUGUCCCAAAGCUGAGGCCUUCAUGUCCCCAGAGACCCUGCCAUCCCUAGGGACUGCUCGGGCACCGAAGAAAAGGAGCCGAAAAGGCAGGACUGGGGCUUUGGGACCCUCCAAAGGCCCAUUGGAGAAGCGGCCCUGUCCUGGCCAAGCUCUGAUCCUCGCUCCCCACGACAGGGCCAGCAGCACUCAGGGUGGAGGUGAGGACAACUCCAGUGGAGGAGGCAAGAAGCCAAAGACAGAGGAGCUGGGACUAGCCUCCCAGCCCCCUGAAGGCCGGCCCUGCCAGCCCCAGACAAGGGCACAGAAGCAGCCAGGCCAAGCCAGCUAUAGCAGCUAUUCAAAGCGGAAGCGCCUCAGCCGUGGUCGGGGGAAGACCACUCAUGCUUCACCCUGUAAGGGACGUGCCACUCGGAGAAGGCAGCAGCAGGUCCUGCCUAUGGAUCCUGCAGAGCCUGAAAUCCGACUCAAAUACAUUUCCUCCUGCAAGAGGCUAAGGGCAGACAGCCGCACCCCAGCCUUCUCGCCCUUCGUGCGGGUGGAGAAGCGAGAUGCGUACACCACCAUAUGCACUGUUGUCAACUCCCCAGGGGAUGAGCCGAAGCCUCACUGGAAACCCUCCUCCUCUGUUGCCUCCUCCACCUCCUCCUCCUCAGACCCAGCUGGGGCUUCUCUGACCACAUUCCCUGGAGGCUCUGUGCUGCAGCCGAGGCCCUCCCUGCCCCUCUCCUCCACCAUGCAUCUGGGGCCUGUGGUGUCCAAGGCCCUAAGUACCUCUUGCCUUGUCUGCUGCCUCUGCCAAAACCCGGCCAAUUUCAAGGACCUUGGGGACCUCUGUGGCCCCUACUACCCUGAACACUGCCUCCCAAAAAAGAAGCCAAAACUGAAGGAGAAGGUGCGGCUGGAGGGCGCCUUGGAGGAGGUUUCUCUGCCUCUUGAGAGAACACUCAAAGGCCUGGAAUGUGCAGGCAGCACCAUGGCUGCCACCCCUACCACAACCACCAUUACUACCACCACGACACUGGGGAGGCUGUCCAGGCCUGAUGGCCCAGCUGACCCUGCCAAGCAGGGCUCCCUGCGCACCAGUGCCCGGGGCCUGUCACGGCGACUCCAGAGCUGCUAUUGCUGUGACGGUCAGGGGGACGGGGGUGAGGAGGUGGCCCCAGCUGACAAGAGCCGCAAACAUGAAUGCAGCAAAGAGGCCCCUGCAGAGCCUGGUGGGGACACCCAGGAACACUGGGUACAUGAGGCCUGUGCCGUGUGGACCAGCGGGGUGUACCUGGUGGCCGGGAAGCUCUUUGGGCUGCAGGAGGCCAUGAAGGUAGCUGUGGACAUGCCAUGUACCAGCUGUCAUGAAGCCGGAGCGACCAUCCCGUGCUCCUACAAGGGAUGCAUCCACACCUACCACUACCCAUGUGCCAAUGACACAGGUUGCACGUUCAUUGAGGAGAAUUUUACUUUGAAGUGCCCCAAACAUAAGAGGCUGCCGUUGUAAUCCCUGUGUGGCCGAAACUCCGAGGAAGAGGAAAGCUGCGCCCACAGCCGGUCCUUGAUCCCAUCUUGGGUCUCGGUUCCGGCUGCCUCGGGCGCUGGAGUGAGGCCUAGGUUGCAAAGAAAACCGGGGCCAGGCUUGGCGAAGGCAGGCCAGAGUGGCCAGACCCAAGGCACAAGGUCUCGGGCGGGGUGUAAGUCCCCUUCAAGCUCUGAAAAAGACGAGGCAUGCAAGCUGUGCCCCUGGGAAGAGGCUGGGGGCGCUGCUGGCUCGGUGGACGACGUGGGGCAGACCCACGCUUUUCUGUAGAGGCCCACCGGUGGGGACACGGCCCAGCACUUGGCAUGGAUCUGUCCAGGGCCGUGGCGGGCCUGGAUCCCUGAUGAGGGCUUGCCAGGAGUGGCGCCCAUGGCUUCUGUUUGUCCCCUUUCCAGUCUUCCGCCCACUGCUGGAGCCCGGUCUGGAUGCUUGAGGAGCCUGGGCCUGGCUACCCUCUAGCAGAUGUGCAGCUGUCCCAGACAAAGCACCAACAUGGGAUUUGGGGACUGCCACUCAGCUUACUCGGCUCAUGGGUGGAGACAGUGCUAGAUUCGUGUACAAACCUGUGUACCCCUCUAUAUAUAUGUUAUAUAGAAUGUAUAUAUGUUGGGAACAUGCUCGCUUCUGUGUGUCGCUGCUGUGUGUCGUGUGCUCCACAGCGCAGAGCCCUAACCUGGCCUUGGCUGGGGCGGGGCUGAAGUGAUGCCCCUUCCCUGAGCAACUACCACCAUCACCACCACGGCCAGCCCCCACCUGUCCGUUUUGUGUUCUCAGCUCUGUCCACGCUUCAAUAGGCCUGACGCAGCCCCCCUUUCCCUGCAACUUUCUGUACAUAUGACUGUAAAAUGGUAAACGUGUGUAUUAUAUCUGGCCUCGUUAUAUAGUGUAUAUAUAUGUAUACAUAUACAUAUACAUAUAUAUAAUAUAUAUGAAGACUGUAAAUGUUAAGACAACUAGUGUUCUUAUUAGUAUAUUGCUUCACACUGAAGAUUGUGUGUAUCGAGCUGUUUCUAAAAGAUGUUUAUUUUCCUUAAGAGUUAAAAAAAAAACAGUCAUUGCAUUCAGAAAAAAAGUCAAUAAAGAUACCACGAUUGUUUUGGAA